GCUUUCGAGAGCGAGCUCGGCGUGCAGGACCCCGUCGGAUUCUGGGAUCCCGUCGGCUUCACCUCCGAUGGCGAUGUUGCCUCAUUCAAGCGCCGUCGAUCCGUGGAGCUGAAGCACGGCCGCAUCUCCAUGAUGGCGACCAUGGGUUACAUUACCCCUGAGAUCACCGGCAAGCUGCCCGGAUUCCUGUCCCCGUCCGCUGGCUUGAAGUUCGCCGAUAUCCCCAACGGCCUUGCGGCAGUGUCCAAGGUCCCUGUGGCAGGUUGGGCCCAGAUUGCUGCCUACUUCGGCUUCGUUGAGUUCAGCGGCGGCUUCGACGACUACAAGAGCGGCACUCCCGGCGACUAUGGCUUCAAGGUGCUGACGUCUUCGGACCCUGCUGAGAAGACCAAAAAGCUGUCGGCAGAGUUGGCAAACGGAAGAUUGGCCAUGAUGGCCAUCAUUGGCAUGUUCUUCCAGGAUGGACUCACAGGAUCCGCCUGGGGUGACUGGGCCACCUACACUGCGUC